AAGGUUAAUUAGUUAGGUACGAAAUUCGAUCAGGGGCGGGCAGUUAGAAUUUGAUACAAAGACAGGUAACUCAAGCAAUCCCUAUUGUCACCACAAUCAGACCUAUAUAAAUCCACCUUGACGGACAGCAGUCACCACAUAGCCUUACUUCUCUUUUUGAACACCAGCCUUACUUCUCUUUUUGAACACCAGCCGGGCGAGAACCUCAAAGCGGAUUAAAAUGUCUCUCACAUCUAUCCUUUCCGCGGAUGCAAUCGAGAAUGCUCUCAAGGACUGCCAAGCACCGGACUCCUUCAACCACAAGAAGUUCUUCCAGCUGUGUGGUCUCAGCAAGAAGAGCCCUCAGGAUGUGAAGAAUGUUUUCGGCAUCCUUGACAACGAUGCAAGUGGCUUUAUCGAGGAAGAGGAACUCAAGUUCUUCCUUCAGAGGUUCUCUCCUGGGGCUCGUGUUCUGACAGACAAAGAAACCAAGGCCUUCCUGUGUGCAGCUGACGAUGACAGUGAUGGCAAGAUCGGAGUAGAUGAGUUCCAGGCCAUGGUCCUGUCCUAAACAACUGGACCCCAUUCCUCCAUCUCCUAAUCUUACUUCAGCACUAGCACUUAGUACAUAGUUUUCCACACUCCAUCUGCUUAGAAACAUGUAUUCUUUUUUUUCUCCUUUUUUUUGUCUAAGUAGCUACAUUG